AGACCACCAGAGUCACGAAAAGUCCCUGCGACUCUGUCAUCUCACUGCGGUUACCAACCACGAACAAGAUCCACAGAAAAACAAGCAAAGUGUAAGCUACGGCGACACAAUGUGAGCUUGCUCACCACGGUCCCGGUGAGCAUCCUUCAUCCCCUGUAUACCACCCAUUUGCAAAGUCUCAAAAUCUUCCAUUCUGCUUGGCGUAAAAAUACGGAACUCAGUUCUGCCUUUCGCCGCGGGAGAUGGACGCACAACUUCAUGCUCGGGCGCAGGAACUUGAGUAUCUGCCAAGAGCAGAUCCACCAGAGCCCUUACCUCAUCACUUUUUGA